CAUAAAUCUAGCUAUUUCACGACUCACCCCCAUUAACCCCUUCAGAUCCUUCCAUCCAUUUCAAUCCAUCAUCAUGUUAGCCAAAACUCUCCUACCGAAGACUCGAGUCGUCACAUCCGCCACCUCAUAUUCUCUUGCACUCCCCCGGUUACGACAUGCUUCGACCGCCAUCAGACCAUCCAUAGCUGCUUCAUUAGCGGGUUCCCGACCAACUCAGCCGCUACGGAGAUGGUACUCCGAGCAACCCGAAGCAAAGAAGGAGGAGGCGAAGUCAGACGGUAAUGGUGCGGCACCAGCUCCUGAAGAGGCGUUGAAGAAAGAGUUGGAGACAAAGGACAAGGAGAUCGUGGGCCUGAAGGACAAAUACAUGCGCAGCGUCGCCGACUUCCGCAACCUGCAGGAACGCACCAAGCGAGAAGUCCAAGCCGCCCGUGACUUCGCCCUGCAGCGCUUCUCCAAAGACCUCAUCGAGAGCAUCGACAACCUCGACCGUGCCCUGCAUACUAUCGCCUCCGAGAAGCUCAACACUCCCGCCGUCGCGAAGUUCUCCGCGGAGGAGAUCGCCAAGUUCGCCGAGAACACGCACCAGGAUCUGCAGACGCUGCACUCCGGGCUGAAGAUGACGGAGACGGUGCUAAUGCAGACGCUGGAGAAGCAUGGGCUGGUGCGGUUCGAUCCAUCGGAAUUGGGGGAGCGGUUCGAUCCGAAUAAGCAUGAGGCAACGUUCCAGGCGCCACAGCCGGAUAAAGAGGAUGGGAGCGUGUUCCAUACGCAGCAGAAGGGAUAUUUGUUGAAUGGACGCAUUUUGCGGGCGGCCAAGGUUGGUGUGGUCAAGAACUCAUAACCUAGUCCCAGCCGGGGCGAUGGGUUUCCUAAGGAGGAAUAUCUCCUGUUAUUGGUUUCGAAUAUGUAUAACUCACUGCUUGCAUUCUGUAUGAAGUUCGGCAUGGCGAUUUGCACCUCCAAAGGCAUACUCUUGGGGAGAGAUGCAGCAUAAAAGGCGCAUGACAUCUUGUAUAAAUAUUUCCACUCUACAAAAACACGGCGAAGGUCGGGAUAGGCUGAAUGGGCCGUUUUGAUAAUAUAAUUAUCCUGGAAAGAGGUCUGGGACUCUCGAUGGAUUUUGGCAACGUUGAUCUGAAGGGAUAUAUGGUCAAGUUUGAUCAUUAAUUGUAACUUUCAUUUGCCUACGGUAUUAUCCUCUGCCUAUCGAGUGAAGUCCUCAACUUUUGGGUUGCUGUGUCUUGAAACUGCAACCCAAAAUGCAAAGUUCUCAAGUA